AUGGGGGAAUCCGGUAUUGGCCGGCUCUGGAGUCGCACACAAGGGUUAUUUACUCGUCGACGCUAUCAUGGCAUUGGGGAUGGCUCGCAAGAGGAUCAAGUAGAGCUUUUUGGAGCUCCCACUAUUCAUACUCAGCCAUCAAUUCUAUCGUUGGCCUCAUUCCGCUCGUUUUCGUCGCUCCCAACAGCCCCGCAAACAAGCCACUCGCCAUUCGCAAACCCGGUCCUUGACGAAGAUGAAACGCGACUUGAAGGUCGUUCAGGUCAUGAACCGCGACAGGUGACAGCAGAUUCCGGGUCCAAAUUUCGGACCAAUGAUGACCCUGUAUCAAGCAGGGAACAGAAGCAUUGGAUCGACGGUGUAUACAUCUGCGCCAAAGCAGGUGUUCUCGUACUGUUCAUUAAUUUGGUCUUCAUAGCCACUUCAGCAGGCCUGGCAAGUCGAUAUCCGGAUAACGCGAGCUAUUCAAAUGCCAUCGUCAUCUAUCGGGGAAGUUGCGGAGUAUCAAAACGAUGGGAUAUUGCGUUGCACUUGAUCAUCAACGUGCUGAGCACGUGUAUUUUGGCUGCCAGUAACUACUGCAUGCAGACCCUCGUCGCUCCAACCCGUGAGGAGGUUGACCAGCAGCAUGCCCAGCGAAAAUGGCUCGAUAUUGGUAGCGCCAGUGUCAAGAAUCUUUUUGUGAUCGGGCGCGAUCGGCUGGCAUUGUGGAUAGUCCUGAUGCUCACGGCAACACCAUUUCAUUUGAUGUACAAUUCCAUUGUUUUUGAGUCUUUGUCAACAAAUGAAUUCGGCGCAGUGAUUGGACCAAAGGACUUGAAUCCAUCCAACGUGUGGGAUCUCACAACUUCGACGUUGGAGUCAUGUUUCCAAUGCCCAGCUAAAGACGACUAUAUUUCUUCAGCUUUACAACCGCUGACAUGGCACGAAUUUGCGUCUUUCAUCGCCAACGAGAGCUACUACCAUAUAUCGGCCGCCCAAUGCACGCAGACUACCAGAACAACCCAGACUGGGGUGCGGGCGAUAAUUGCUCUUGCAGAUAACUUGACUGUCAGCGAUGGAGGAAAUACCUCGAUCCUUUUGACAGGUGUCGCUAAUUACUGGGUUGAAGACACCAGUGAUUAUUGGGUCCAGAACAAGCUUCGCGGAUCCUCUUUCCUCAAUUCAACAUCCGGCUUCGGUAAUGCCUCCGAUUGUUUACACGCUGGUGUGAUCAACCAUAAGUACAACUAUUACCCAACUCCGGAUGGCUUAGUGAGUUUAUAUACCAUCACAGAGUGUCUGGUGAUCGAGGCUCCAGAACACUGCCAGCUGCUCUAUAGUCCGCCAAUAUGCAUCGCUAUCAUGAUAGCUGGGGCAAUCAAAGUGACCGCCAUGUUUCUAGCCGCUAGAAUUAGCCAGCAUCGGUCACCGCCUCUUUUGACAAUUGGCGACGCUGUAGCAUCUUUCAUGACCCGUCCAGAUCCCACCACGAAGGGCAUGUGCUGGAUUCAGGCGUCUGAUAUCAAGCGAGGCAAGUGGGUGUCUUCCAGCACCCCGGGCAGCUUUUCGUCAAUCCCACAACACAAUCAAGAUGAGGAAAUUACGUAUAAGCGCCUCUCAAAACAUAGGUUUUGGAUGACAGCAUCCAGCGGCUGGCGGUGGGCAGCGACUCUGUUCAUGUGCCUGUCAUGCAUCAUCACGGGUGCCAUUCUCUUUUCGGCAUCUCUUGGGGGUGCAGUUGACCCGUCAGCAGGCUGGUUCUCCUGGAGCCAGUUUAAGGAUUGGUUUAGCUCCGACGCCGAUAUUACGAACAUCGGAUUAUUAGGUUCUGGUGACCUGAGUCGGACCAUGUUAAGCUCUGUGGUUGUUGCCAAUGUACCACAAUUGAUUAUCACCAUGAGCUACUACUGCUAUAAUGCCGUCUUGACAAGCAUGCUGGCGGCCGGCGAGUACAGCUCCUACGGAGUUAAACGCAAAGCGCUCCGUGUGACUUGGCCUGUAAAGGGGAGUGAACAGCGAUCAACCUACUGGUUGAGCGUGCCAUACCGGUACAGUGCACCGAUUUUGGUGAUAUACAUGAUCCUCCACUGGCUCGUAUCGCAGAGCAUAUUCUAUCUUCUCUUGAUUCCCUACGACCCGCAUGACAAUGCAGAUCAAUCAGACAGAAUAAGUUCGUUAGGCUACGAAUCGAUGCCAAUUUUCUUUUCGAUCAUGGUUGGAGUUGUCAUGAUGCUCAUUUUAUUCUCAUUGGCAUUUCGCAGAUUCAAAUCCGUGAUGCCCCUGGCAGGCUCCAAUAGCGCUGUCAUCAGCGCGGCAUGUCACCUUCCCAAGGAUGAAAACUUAGAGACGGCAGCCUUGCGUAAAGUCAGAUGGGGGCAGACAUUGUCACCAGCACCCUGGGCGAUGGGCAAUUUGCAUGGCAUUCAAGACCAGCAGGGGCACUGUAGCUUCACAUCUCUAGAUACAGUGAACCCUACCCUCACCAAAUUGUAUGCAUAG